AUGAGGACCCACACAAGGGAAACUCCUUUCAAACUAGCUUAUAGAAGUGAAGCAUUCAUACUUGUAGAGGUGUACAUUGCAAACCAUAGGGUGAUGAAGUAUCAAGACAAGGAGAAUGAAGAACAACUUCAUCUUAACCUCGAUCUAAUAGUCGAGGUAAGGAUGGAUGCGGAGUAUAAAACAACAAGGUACUUCAACAUUGGAGACCUCGUCCUAAAAAGGUUCUCCUGGGCAACUAGAAACUCGGCCCAUGGAAAGCUUGGGCCUAAUUGGGAAAGACCUUACAGGGUUAUCAACUGCAAAAGGCAGAGAUCAUAUUACUUGGAAGCCCUAGAUGGAUGGAAGCUAGAGCACCCUUAG